ACUGUCACCAAAGACUAAGCUAAUUUGUUUGCAGCUGAUUCUUCUUAGCAAUCAACUUCAGGUUCAAAUGAUUCCUUAAAAGCAACUCUUGCUCUGCUUUCUAACAAAGCUUUGAGCUCAUUCAUUCUAGUCUAUUGGAGCAUCAUGUGGGUGUUGUGGAUCUCCUGUCUGCUGGUUGGAAGCAUCACCUGUUUUCCUCAACAAGGAGGCAGUGGUGUUCCUUCUCCCAUGUGGCUUCCACGUUCUGGACAAGCUCCAUCAAAGCCAGGCUAUGAGGAACCCUCUGAGCAAACUGGUGGUCAUGACAGUUCCAGCAGCUUUCCCUGGUUGUACAGCAGCAACACUGCUGGAGGUCCUUCAGACAGUGGAAUCUUCCAGCCCAUGUGGUAUCCUGUAAUGCCAUCUGGACAGGAAUCAUCCAAGCCGUCCCAUCAGAAGCCUACAGGACAGUCCAGCACUUAUGGCAGCUACAGUGGUCCCUACACUGCUGGGGGAGCCUACAGUUCCUCUGGCUCCCAGCAGUACGGUGCACCGAGCAGUCAGUCUGGAGGGGCUGAGCAGGAGAGCUGGAGCUCUUCAUCUGAUGGUGACGAUGAGGACGAGCCCGUCUUCACUCCAGUGAGCGAGGAGGAUCAGGUGUACGCUUUCAAGUCUCGUUCUCGCUACAACCAGAAACGGCUGCUGUUCAGUCAGUUCCGCUACACCCCAACAGAACCACGGCAGGAUCCAGUGUUUCCACACACGGGCAAAACAUCUCAACACGGCAAAGGUCCAGUCAAAGGAGGCUACUGAAGAUCCCUGUGGUGAAGCUCACAUCACUAGGGAUGUGUGGCAGACUGUCUCAAGGUUACUUUAGAAAAGCAGCUUGUGUGAAUCAAAUAAAUGGCAUCUACAAAAUUC